GUACUGUACUUUACCUUAUCCUUUCUACCGUCGUUGAUAAAAUACAUGGGUUCAAUGCGACCAAACCAGUUUGGCUUUGAUCUGGUCUAGUUAUGAUUUGCUUAGACAACGCGCAUCCAGCCAAAUGACCUCCUUGCGCGCUGGCCCGACCGGAACCACAUCUUCCCCUUUCGGCAGUGGGUCUUCGUCGUCCGAUGGGCUUCUGUACACUCCGGCCUCCGACAGAUCAGAGGAGGAUAAUAAUGGCCCCUCCGCAUCCCGGCUCUCUCGUCCUACCAUAGGAUCUCUGAGAGUGCAGACGGACUUUAACGACGAGGCUGACCUUUCGGUUUCUUCCGACGAUGGGCUGGACGAUGGAUAUGAUUCCUAUGAUGAUAUCCGGCCCAAUUCCAGCAGAGAUUCUUCCCACGAUCUUCUCAAGUAUACAAUUGAGGAGGAGCAACAGGUGGUCAAACGCUUCGAUCGUAAACUCGUUCCAUUUCUGGCAUUAUUAUACUUACUUUCCUUUCUCGACCGGUCAAAUAUCGGCAAUGCGAAGAUUGCCGGUCUGGAGGAGGACCUGCAGCUUUCCUCCUCGCAGUAUGAGUGGCUGCUCACAGCCUUCUACACCACCUACAUCCUCUUCGAAUGGAUGACUCUAAUGUAUCGACUGGUGCCCGCGCACAUCUACAUCGCCCUGUGCGUCUUUGGAUGGGGCCUCGUCGCCUCUUUCCAAUCGCUCGCCACCUCCUUCGGCGCGCUCGUCUUCCUUCGCGCAACGCUGGGGAUCACCGAGGCAGCCUUCGGGCCCGGCGUGCCCUUCUAUCUCUCCCAGUUCUACAAGCGGGAAGAACUCGCCUUCCGCAACGGGCUCUUCAUCUCCGCCGCCCCGCUGGCCUCCUCCUUCGCCAGCAGCCUCGCCUGGGUGAUCGUCAAGUUCAGCAGCGGAGGCCCCAUUGCCCCGUGGCGCACCUUAUUCCUGGUGGAAGGGUUCCCCAGCGUGAUUGUCGCCGUCUUCGCCUGGCUCUGGAUCCCCGACUCGCCCGGGACCGCGCGGUUUCUGGACUCGCGGCAAAGGAUGAUCGCUCAGCUCCGCAUGGACGACAAGGGUAGCAGUGGCAGUGGCACUUUAUCACGGCGACUUGGAGGGCCCUUUAAUUGGGGAGAAGUCAAAAAGACCCUCGCCGAUCCCAAAGCGUACAUCACCGCUUUCAUGUUCUUCAGCUGCAACGUCGCCUUCAGCUCGAUGCCCGUCUUCCUUCCCACGAUCAUAGCAGAAAUGGGCUACACCGCACUCCAGUCCCAAGCCCUCAGCGCACCGCCCUACGUGCUCGCCUUCCUCACCGUCCUCCUAACAGCCUACUACUCGGACCGCCACCGCCGCCGCAGCCCCUUCCUGAUCGCCCACGCCCUCGUCUCGGCCACCGCCUACCUCACCCUCGCGCUCACGGGCCACUACCACGCCUUCUUCGCCGACCGCAACCUAACCACGCUACAAACCACCAUCCGCUACGUCAGCCUCUACCCGGCGAUUGCGGGCUUCUUCUCCGCCAUCACGCUGAUCAUCACCUGGAGCAUGGACAACCGGCCCGCGCAGGAGGGUAAGGGUGCUAGCGUCGCGCUGCUGAACCUGGUGGGCCAGUGCGGGCCCCUGCUGGGGACAAGGCUGUACCCUGCCAGCGAGGGGCCGUGGUAUGUGCGGGGCAUGGGAGUGUGUGCGGGGUGUAUGGUGCUCGUGGCCGUGUUGGCGGUGGUGCUGAGGGGAAUGUUGGGGAGGGAGAAUCGGAGGGUGCUGCAGGGGAAACAGGGUGGAGGUGCGGGGGAUGAGGAGUUUGAGAUGGAGAGGAGGGAGGGUGGGGAGGAGAGUGAGGUGUUGAUUUUUGGGGAGAGGAGGAGGAGCAGAAGGAUGGGGCCGGCUGUUGGGGACGAUGGCGGUGGUUAUAUCCUUUGAUCCUUUUGGAGAUGGGAUAGGGGUUCUUGGUGAGGGUAGGUAGGUAUCUGGACCGGCUUGUUGCGUAUUCGUUUGUGGGGAAAACAUAUGAGUUUGAAAUUUUACUCGCUUGGGGAGAUAGAUUGCUGUUCAUCUUGGUGAGCGAAUAUAGAGUUGAGUCUAUAGCUUGGUUGGC